GGUUCAGAAUACGGGCAAGGGCGGCAGUCAAACGAGGGGUAAGGAUACCGGAGGUAAGUCAAAGUCUCUUUCCCUCGUUGACUCUCCCCACUGUGGGAUUUGCUAUUGGGGGGUCGUAGGAAAUUCCAAUUGACAGGCGUGUGGGGGAUCACAUCAACUCACGUGAGGAAUUAAUGGAACUACAAAGACAAUUAUUAUUGUCGCCAGUUCUGUGGUUGCUACUGCGUUGUUGCUCCUCUCCGCUAUCUCUCUUUGCAUGAAGAAACAAAGAAAACCAGUUAGAAAUGCUCCGAUCACAAAUGGAGGAGAUGACCAGGAAAUUAGACGCGCGGAAUCUCUAUUGUUCGAUUUGGCCACAAUACGAGCUGCCACAAGUAACUUCUCAGAGGCAAAUAAGUUAGGAGAAGGUGGAUUUGGACCAGUGUAUAAGGGUAUACUACAAGAUGGGCAGGAAAUAGCAGUGAAGAGACUCUCAAUGAGCUCGGUACAGGGGCUUGUUGAGCUGAAAAAUGAGGUGGUGCUUGUAGCAAAGCUUCAGCAUAGAAAUCUGGUGAGGCUACUUGGUUGCUGCUUAGAAGAGCAAGAAAAGCUUCUUGUCUAUGAAUACCUGCCCAACACAAGCCUUGAUAAGUUUCUCUUUGAUCCUGUGAGGCGCGAACAAUUAGAAUGGGUCAUACGGUUCAGGAUCAUCGAAGGGAUCAGUCGAGGACUUCUCUAUCUCCACGAAGAUUCGAGGCUAAAGAUAGUUCACCGCGACCUGAAAGCGAGUAACAUCUUGCUGGAUGCCUUCAUGACACCUAAAAUCUCCGACUUUGGUCUCGCAAAGCUCUUCGACGUCAAUGCAAGUGAAGGAAGUACGAGUCGGAUCGCGGGAACAUACGGAUAUAUGGCACCAGAGUAUAUAAUUCACGGACAUUUCUCAACAAAAUCAGAUGUUUUUAGUUAUGGCGUGUUGCUUUUGGAGAUUGUGACUGGACGAAGAAACUCUCGCCCUCAAGAAAGUAUUCAUUCAGAAGACGUUCUAUCCUAUGUGUGGAAGCACUGGAGCCAAGGGACUGCACACCAUGUGCUCGACCUGAGUCUCGCAGGGCAGUGCCGGUUGCAGGACGUGCUGAGAUGUAUCCACAUUGGGCUGCUGUGCGUCCAGGAGGACCCGUCGAACCGGCCGAGCAUGGCGUCCGUCGUGCUCAUGCUCAGCAGCCUCUCCUUCACCCUCCCCGCCCCCUCGGCCCCUGCUUUCAUCAUUCUGCAUGGCUCAACUGCAGACAACACGGUGGAGAUCGAGACUGAUUCAUCCGGCGGCCUGCAGCGGAAGACGACGAGGGCUGCGUCGGUGAGCGACGUCUCCAAUUCAGAACUCGAGCCACGGUAGCGUCUCGGAGCCGAGGAAUAUUGAACCGAAUAUACUGAGUUCGAGUGGCAAAAGAGUGUGAUUUUUUACGUUGCCGAAUAAACAGCAAAGGCGUUGUGAAUCUAGAUUUACGUAAGCUUGCUUAUUUUGCGACUUUCCUUCUUUCGAAUGCUAUAACAAGAAGAUUUUAUCCAGUAUCACUCUUUUAACUGUGCAAGACGUAAUAGAAUAAAUUAUGA